AACUUAACGUGCCCAAGUUCUUACACUGAGAAUCUGGGACUAAAAGCAGAGCUUUUGUCUUUUGCCUGAUUGUUGAACAAGAUCCAGAAGCAGUAGGGUGAGCGGGGUUCCUGUGAGGCCAAGUAUUUGGCAGAUGAGAAUGUGUUUAAGUAAGGUCGAAGCCAGCUUACAGGAAAACCUUUAGAAGACCUCCAACGGACCGUGCCAUGGAAGAGUUUUUAGGAAGAUAAAUUUGAUCCGGCUGCCGGGUGAAUUCAUGGGUAGUGAGAGCUCCUUGUGGCGGCUUCUAUCCCCUCGCUUGCUGUUCAGCCUCCUUACUCCAGGAACCGGUAUAGUGACACAGGUUUGCGACUGUUUCUGGAUGCUGGAAGUGGCAGCGGAAGCCCCUCCUUCUUCCUAGGGAGGAGCCGGCUGCGGUUGCUGGCGAGGCACGGAGCGGCGCGGACAGGUGACGUCACGCCCCCAGGGAGUGCGCAGACGCGGGAAGGUGGAGACUGUUGCCGGCCGCCGCGUGGAGAAAGCCUGAACGUUGAAGAAGUGCCUUGGAAACGUGAAGAAAACUUUUCCACAAGGAAGAGGUGUGGUGGUUCCUACUUGACCUGAAUUUUAAAAUUGGUCAUUAUGAUAUCCUUUCUCUAUUAUUGAGAAAAGAAUAAAAAUCAGGAUUCCACUAUGCAGAUCCCCUGUUUUGCAUGGAGGACAUUUUCGUGAAAAGAUUUUUUUUUUCAGGCAAGAAGACCAAGCCUGAUGGCACAGUGUUAAAUGACUUGAAGAAGAUGUGAAGGGUCAGAGAGCCUGGCCAUCAGGGGUUCCCAUUAGGAGAAGUUCAAGAUGCAUGCUGAACAAGGACUAGGAGGGGAAAUCCUGCAGGAAUGAUUGGAUACCAGGUGCACACCUGGAGGAUACCAGGUGCACACAGACCUUUCUCAGGAGAACAGUGUUACCCUAAGGAUAAUAAUCUUUCAGAAAGUACCUUGUGAUUACUGUGAUUUUGAGAGAAAAUUUCCUCUAUAUUGGAACCUACUGGAGAGCUACCCCUUCAUUGUGUUACAAGCACCAUGAGUUCCAGCCAGAUUUUAUUGCAACUGAAACAUCAGAGACUUAACAGGCAUAAAAAACCUUUGAAGUGCAGUGAAUGUGGAAAAUUCUUUACUCAGAGAUCAUCUCUUACCCAGCAUGAGAGGAUUCACACGGGAGAGAAGCCAUAUAUAUGUACCAAAUGUGGAACUUGUUUCCGUAAACAAUCAAAUCUUACUCAACAUCUGAGGAUUCAUACGGGAGAGAAACCUUACAAAUGUAAUGAAUGUGAGAAAGCCUUUCAAACAAAAGCAGUCUUGGUCCAGCAUCUGAGAAUUCACACUGGAGAGAAACCCUAUAAAUGCAAUCAAUGUGGCAAAGCCUUUUGUCAAAGUCCAUCUCUUAUUAAACACCUGCGAAUUCAUACUGGAGAGAAACCCUAUAAAUGCAGUGAAUGUGGCAAAGCCUUCAGUCAGAGCAUAUGCCUUACUCGUCAUCAGAGAAGUCAUUCUGGAGCUAGACCUUAUAAGUGUAAUGAUUGUGGGAAAGCCUUUAAUCAGAGUGCAUGCCUCAUGCAGCAUCAGAGAAUCCACUCAGGAGAGAAGCCUUACACAUGUACCAAAUGUGGUAAAGCCUUCACUCAGAACUCUUCCCUUGUUGAACAUGAGAGAACUCAUACUGGAGAGAAACUUUAUAAGUGUAGCGAGUGUGAAAAAACCUUCCGCAAGCAAGCACACCUUAGUGAACAUUAUAGGAUUCACACUGGAGAGAAACCCUAUGAAUGUGCUGCCUGUGGGAAAGCCUUCAGGCAUAGCUCAGCGCUUGCUCGACAUCAGAGGCUUCAUGCUGGAGAAUAAAACUUGGAUAUAACCAUGGUAAAAAGACGUGUGAAAACACAUUUUUUUUUUUCUAAAUUCUUAGGAGCUAAGGACUUAGUCUUUAGCCAAGAUGGCUGUUUUGUUUAUUGAGCAAGAAGAACUCCUAAAAUUUAAGAAAAUAGACUCAGAACUAGAUAGUCUUGAGUUUGAUGUCUUCUCUGCCAUGUGAUGGGUGGAUGACCUUACCUCUCUGAGCCUCAGUUUUUCCUAUCUCCCCCAAAGAAUAAUUAGGAUUCUUACUAGGGUUGUCUUGAGUAUAAAAUGAAUUGAAUAUAAUAACUAACUGCCAUUAAUUAGUUUUGAGUGACAGAUGUUCCAAAAGUUUAUAAAUCUGCUUAUUAUAAACAAAAUUUG